UCGAUUCCGGUGUUCCUCAAGCACAGAUUCCAUAAACAAUAUCGGCACCCGACCUUGGAUACAUCUUUGACUCGAGCCCGCAUCGCGGGUGAAGCUCGGACGAUACUCAAAUGCCUCAGAAGUGGUGUCCGCGUUCCGGGUAUACGCUUGGUUGACGCGGCGGAAGGCGUCAUUGGCUUUGAGUGGAUCGAUGGCAAAUCAGUGAGAGCACUGCUAGGUGGAGGCGCCGAAGGCGAAGAGGAAUCCGAAUGGAGCGAGGAUCUGUCGCAGGAUGAGCCUAUCGCUGAGGAGACGGUGCAUGAGCUUCAUAUGAUCGGGGAGGAGAUCGGAACUAUGCACCUGGCCGACGUGAUACACGGAGACUUAACGACAUCUAACAUGAUGCUGCGACUCACCUCACCUGGGAUUUCACCUUCUGUCGAGCUCCUCCUGGUAGACUUCGGUCUCGCAUACACUUCUACUUUGGUGGAAGACAAGGCAGUUGAUCUCUACGUGCUUGAGCGCGCCUUCGCAUCUACACAUCCUGACUCAGAGCCCCUGUUUGCGACAGUGUUAGAGGCCUAUGGAAAGAAACUGGGCAAAGAGUGGACUGGUAUAAAGCGUCGAUUAGAUGAUGUGCGAUUGCGAGGUCGCAAGCGAAGUAUGGUCGGAUGA